AUGGCCGAAGAAGCCUGCCCCCCUUCCAGCGGAUCCUCGCCGGCGUCCUUGUCCGACGAUGAGACCGAGGGAACAAUGGCAGCUUCGAGAGCCGUCUCCGAGAUGGGCGCAUCUUCGACCCUUCCCAUGGAUAUUGACGGCCAACAACCUCAUGCCCCACGCCGAACCAUCUCCUGCCGUCACUUCUACUUCCCCACGCCACAGGAGCAGCGCGAAGCAGAGCACCACAAGCAGCCGCAAGACACUAGCAAGGAAGUCGCGACCUACAUCGUCAACAACAUCGCUCCCGAGAAGCGCACCGACGCCGUCAAGACUAUUGCCCGAGCCCUUGCGCUCCGCCGUCUCAAGGAGCAAGCGUAUCAGAAGAACCAGCGCGAAAAGGAGAAGGAGGCGGAGGAGAACGACCAGAUGACGAUAUCCAAGACAGCCUUCAAACUUCACAUGGCACGAAUCAAGGCGGCGCAGCAACUCUCCGCUAGCUGGAUGGAGGAUACGGUGGACUCGCUGGAUGGGGAUUCGAUUCAGGCCCGCAUCAUCGACAUGAGCUUGGAGGAGAUUCACGAUACGGCAGUGGCGUUUGAGAGGGGCAAAGAUCCGGCUUUUUAG